AUGUGUGCGGUCAGGAGUGUGUGCCAUGACCAUGUAUACGCCAAUGGCGAAUAUCCUCCGUUGGUGACGAGAGCGACCAAAAUCUCCAUCAGACCAACAAACCAGAAUAUCAAGACCACCACACCGUCCAACGGAAGUCACCUGAUGAACCCACCGCCGCAGCCCCCCGCUAAGAAAUGGAUUUUUCACACCUGUGGCGCCAAGGGUCCCGAAGGCCCCACCCCUUCCCAGUGCACCAACUCCUACCGGAACAGCAACGUCAACAUGUCAGUGGGCACCCGAGGGCCCUUCAAAGGCAUCCAGAUGUGGCACGUCCCUGAAAGUGGAACAUACAGAAUCACAGCGUACGGUGCAGCUGGAGGGCGCAGCGUCCUGGCCAUGAGCCGCUCCCUCGGCGUCUACCUCACGGGAGACUUUCUCUUGAAGAAAGGGGACCUGCUUUACAUCCUGGUGGGACAACAAGGAGAGGACGCCUGCCCCAAUGUGGAGAGAAACCAGUACGUGCCUCUCAUUAUCGCUGCCGGGGGAGGGGGUCGCGGGUACAGCAGCCCAUCAGACACUCAGCUGGAGCAGAUGGACUACAACCUGAGUCAACCCGGCCGCAAUGGGAAAUCUCACUCUGCAGUCAUGGAGGGUGACGGAGAGGUGAUCAUCACUCCGGUGCAGAACUGCAGCCACUGCGAGAGCGGAGACUGCCACGAGAGCCAGGAGGGCAUCAUCUGUUACUGUGACGACGCCCUCAUCCUGGCACCAGACGGGUUGUCCUGCGUCAACGCCACAGUGUACAGACGCAAACACACAGAGCUGCAGUCCAUCCAGCUGGAGCUGCAGAGUCCAGAUUGUAAACUCAGUAAGCUGCGCGCCUCCACCAUCAUGACCGACUACAACCCAAACUACUGCUUUGGCGGGAAGACCACCUCCGUCAACGACCUGAAGGAAGUGCCCCGGCGCAACAUCUCCCUCACCAGCUGA